AUGGCUUCCCAACCAGUUGAAACCAUUUUUACCAAACUUCAGCAACAGAGUACCAGCUCAGCAUCUCUGCAGUUGUGUAUUCAAGCCGUCCAAAAUCUUUCGGCUGAGGAGCAAAAUGCUCUGGUUGCAUUUGAGCCAGCGUAUAGCCUGACAGCCGCAGACAGACAGGCAUUUACAAGAGCUGCAAUUCAGGCCCUCUCAGCCGAUGAUGUUGACGGAACACUGUCGGACGCUGCUAACGGUGCCUACGAUGCAGCCAAUAAUAUCUUUGAAUUACUUAUGUCUUUCGUUCUCAACUGCAUUUGCUAUGAUAAUCAGUUCGGCACGAACUACACCGAUGAGAAACUUACGCCAAUACUUGUGCGAUAUAUUAAAACAAUGGUAGACAGCGUUCCCUUCGCCAACCAAGUUGCACAGUAUGGAGAAAAUUUCGACGAGGAGGUGAUUGCGUUCUGCGCAAAUCAGGACCUGAGCAUUGAUCAAAGACUCUCCAAAAUUAGGGGAUACAUUUCUGAUGCUGAAGAAUUCGAAGCCAAGGCAACGGAAAUACAGAGCACCCUCGACAAAAUUCAGGAGGAGCUUCUAGACCUCCUCAAUGAGAUCAACAACCGCGUCAAAAUGUGGGCUAAACCUAGGAGCCCCUCAGCUCCUCGUCUGGCUGUUUCGGCAGCGAAACCGCCAUUUAAACUGGGGGUAGCGGUACUUGAUGCCCUGCUUUCUACACCCCUCCGCCCAUUGAUCAUGAUCGCAGGACUUCUUGGACUGGGAAAUCCUGAGGCCGUACGUUCUGCGUAUGCAAUUGCGGCAUCCGAGGUGGUACGAAUGUCCGCAAAGAAACCAACUGCUCUCACCAUACUUCACGAACUUCGAUCCGUAGCCAACGGGGACGAUGUCAACGCAAAGUACUUCUCUGAUUUUAGAGACAAUGUUAGUGUCUUGAAUACCUACUGGAGUGCCACCAUUGUCGAUGCUAGGUCCAUUGAAACCUGGCUGGAGGAUGGGGCUUCUUGGGUGGACUUCCCGGAGUACAUGGAACUAAACCUCAAGCAAGGAGUCCGAACAUAUGUGAAAAUUGCAAAGUACCUGAGGUCGUACGCGACUCAGAUCGACAGUCUCCAUUACGAUGAGCUACUGGAGGCAGCCGGUUACGCUUAG